GCUACCGAGAGGGCCUCGCUGAUGGCCGCAAAGAGGAAGGGACAGAAGAGGCUGUCGUUGGGGACCGGCCUGGGCAUGAUCUAUGUGCCACAGAAGGCUGGCCUGGCAGAGCGCCAGGUGCAGGACCUGCGAGACAUGUUCGGCCUGUUCGAUCCAGACGGCACGGGUACGGUCUCGCUUUCUGACAUACGGAUGGCGGCGGCGGAUGCGCAGCUGGAGAAGCACAGCCCCGAGGUCUGGCGCAUGCUCGCGUGCCUCAACGACGAGGAGGAGGCCGACUUCGAGCGGUUCGUCGGCGCAGUGACCGAGCCGCUCGGGGAUGGCCAGUCCAAGGCCGGCGCCUCGCGCCUGCUGGCGUUGGUCGGGCCCGAGGCGGCCGAGAAGAAUUCUGUCAGCAAGUCGGACUUGCGAAAGAUGAUCGACGACCUUGGUAUGGACAUCAGCGAGGAGGAACUGGAUGACAUGUUCGAGCAAGCCGAUGCAAGAGAUGGCCGCAUAGAGCCUGACCAGUUUUAUGAGAUUAUGCGGGGGUGCCCCGACGAAGAUUAG